AUGGCAACAAUAAAGCCUAUCGAGAAUGGCUCCGUGCAUCAAAUCACCUCUGGCCAGGUCAUCACCGAUCUCCGGAGCGUCGUCAAAGAACUUCUCGAGAAUUCGCUGGACGCAGGCGCAACAUCCAUCGAAGUCAGAUUUGUCAAUCAGGGCCUCGACGCUAUCGAAGUGAAAGACAAUGGCAGGGGGAUAUCUCCAGAGGAUUACGAUUCCGUGGCCGUCAAACAUGCGACUUCCAAGCUCUCGACGUAUGACGACCUCUCGAAUCUGGACACCUUCGGGUUCCGGGGAGAAGCUCUGUCAUCGUUAUGUGCUCUUGCAAAGCUGAGUGUACUUACUGCGCGGGCCGAGGACGAUGUCGGCAAGAAGCUGGAGUUCGAUAUGUCUGGCAGACUGAAGAGCACAUCUCCAUCAGCUGCCCAGAAAGGCACUACCGUGUAUGUCGAGGAUAUUUUCUACAACCUGCCUGUUCGCCGAAAGGAGCUCGAGAAGAACAUCAAGCGCGACUUCUCCAAGCUUCUCGAGCACAUGAACGCUUAUGCUUGUAUCUCGGUCGGCGUCCGCAUUGCCGUUUCCAACCAGAUGCCAAAAGGCAAGAAAGUUCCAGUCUUUUCCACAAAGUCCAAUACCACGACAAAGGAGAAUAUCAUGAACGUGUUUGGAGCGAAGACCUUGCUAUCUUUGCUGCCAUUGGAUCUCCAUCUCGAGAUGGCGCCAAGUCUGGGACCGAGUACUCAGAGUGCCCGCAACUGGUCCACCCAAGCCACCAAUCGUUCCUUGAAGGUGCACGUGCAAGGACACAUUUCCAAGCCUAUCAUCGGCGAAGGCAGAUCUGCUCCAGACAGGCAAAUGUUCUUCGUGAACUCCCGUCCGUGUCAGCUGCCACAGGUCAAGAAAGCCAUUACAGAAGUGUAUAACCAAUUCAACAUAUCCCAGACACCUUUCAUCUUCGCCAAUUUGUUAAUGGACACGAAUGCAUACGACGUCAACGUCUCGCCUGACAAGCGAACGAUCCUGCUCCAUGACCAGCAAGCAUUGUUAGAGAGCUUGAAGGCAAACUUGACUGAGUUAUUCGAGCGAACAGAUCAGACUGUUCCACACUCGACUUUAUCGAAUCGCAAGCUCCCUACUUAUCAACCACUGAGCAUUUCCAGGAGGCCGACGGCUGAAGCAAGUCUUGAAGCCACUGCCGAACAUUCAGAAAGCAACUCCGAGGGGGACGACGCAGCUGAGCAUAGGACGUAUUCGUUGGGUUCGCCUUCGAAUCUGAUCCAUGGGUCUGGACGUGAUGCGACAUGCCGAUCUGAAAAGCAAUUCUCUAAAACUCAAGAGCGACGGAAUGCUGCGGCGGAGGCUCGAAUGGUUGCAGAUUCGUCGUCUGUUGUUGAGGCCGCUGCGAACGAUGACAGACCCUCCUCUGUUGUCCAUUGUGUCACCGCCGAAGACUCUCGGCCGCCUGGUGUCCAGAAUGAAACGAUAGGGGCUGUCAAGUCAUAUGACGCAGCGCUCCAGCCGGCAGAGAAUACGUCAAACGGCAUUGCGCACAUUCCCAGUGCAGAUAGUCACAGGCCUGUUGACAGGACCGACGCGGUCACCAACCCGGCGCCCCUGAGUACUCCUUAUGACGAUCUCUUCUCGCAACGGCCUCCAAUUCAGCCUCCAGUUCCUUCUUUUGCUCCAGGCUCGACGAGGGCCUCUCCAGGUCCGAUCCAGAAUGCGUUUGACAAAAUGCGACCAAAACGAACCCCUCAACAGGUAGCAGAGAUAACUGUAGGCGACAAGACGACUACGACUGUCAUAGGAAGCAGUCUGCCGCCUUGGAAGAAACGGAGAGUCUACAAACCAGAGAACUCACAAGCCAUCGCGGCUUUUGGUGCCAGUCCAAUGCUUGCACGAGGGCUGAGGAGGAAUUUCGCCGCGCCUGGCUCUCAGCUUGAGCUGCAGAACAGGGAGAUCCAAGAAGACUCUGACGACGAAGUAGAAGGUUCUUCCCGAAUGGAGUGCCUAGGAGACCAGAAGGACGAUGAAGAUUCCGACAAUGACGAUGAUAUCAUGCGAGACGCACCAGAUGGAGCUGAAGACGAUGUGUUAGAGACGGACGAGAGGGAGCAAGAACCAUAUCUAUUGGGCGCGAAAUCCUACUCAGAUCUGCGGGACGGUCUGGACAGCACUCAUGGCAGACACUGUCCUAUUGAGCCCUCUUCGGGCAUUCUGGACGACGCCUCCCCCGCGCCUGUCAAUGACGACGAGUGGGACGAAGACUAUAUGGACGAGGAGGAGAAGAAACGACGAGAAGAUGAACGGGUCGCAGCUCUGAUUCAGCAAGCUGAAGAGAAUGCCGCGCGACCAACGGAACAAAACGUGAAGCGAGCCGAACAAGUCUUUAAGCAUGGCUUGAGUCGAAAGCGCGCCACGACCAAACUCGUCGGCUAUCUCAACGACAUCACAACAGAGAAAAUUGAGAAGGGUCUGUCACGUUUGCAGCAAGUGACUUCCGGUCUGGAACCUAUGGUGGAUGCCGACGGAUCGCUUGUCAAGCAGCAAUUGGACGACGAGGAAGCUGAAAGCCGCCUUUCCCUGACUGUCACCAAGGCUGACUUUGGUCAAAUGAAGAUUGUGGGACAAUUCAACCUGGGCUUCAUCUUGGCCGUGCGCCCAGGCACAACGCCGAGUGAGGACGACCUCUUCAUCAUUGACCAGCAUGCUGCAGAUGAAAAGUACAAUUUUGAGUGUCUCCAGCGAACGACACAGCUACAAAGCCAGCGGCUUGUUCGUCCGAAAGAGCUGGAGCUCUCGGCUGUCCAAGAAGAGAUUGUACUAUCUCAUCCCGACGCUCUGAAAGCAAACGGAUUCGAGAUUGAGAGCACGUCCUCUUCCACCAUGGACUUGGACGGUGCCGAAGAUUCACAUCGUAGCCUCAGACUGCUGACUUUGCCUAUGUCGAAGGAGAAGACAUUUGACCUCUCGGACUUAGAGGAAUUGAUUCACCUCCUGUCGGAGCAUCCAAGUGGAUCGUCCUCGAUCCCUCGACCCAAAAAAGUACAGAAGAUUCUUGCAAUGAGGGCAUGUCGGAGCAGCAUUAUGGUGGGAAAGACAUUGACCGUGAAACAGAUGGAGCGGGUUGUACAGCACAUGGGAGAGAUGGAUAAGCCCUGGAACUGUCCACAUGGUAGGCCUACAAUGAGGCAUCUUGCGAACUUGAGCGAGUGGACGCCAUGGUGUGAAGCAGACUCGCCCACCGAUUGGGCAGCAUGGCUUACGAGGAGAAAGUGA